CGAGACCAAAUGCAAAUGACAGAAGGCGAACAAAUAUUUGUGGCCUUGUGAAAGUUGUGCAUUGAGUUCCGAUGGGCAAAGCCAGUUUUCUCCCUUUCAUCCUCCUCCUCCUCCUCCUCCUUGGGUUGGGAAAAAAUGCCUCUGCGGCUAGGCAUUCUGUCAAUGGGUGUUCUGCUUGGAGAACCAACGUGGAGAGCAACAAUGCCAGGGGUUGGAAAGUGGUGCCUCCACGCUGCGUCUCCAACGUGGGGGAAUACAUGGAAAGGGGCCAAUACUUGCUAGAUUUCAAAAUAGCCAUUGAACAAAGCCUGGCUUACGUUAAAGAUUUGGAGUUGCGAGGGGACGGCAAGGAUGCUUGGGUCUUUGACACAGACGAAACGACAUUAUCAAAUCUGCCCUAUUACAGAAAGCACCAAUAUGGGGGAGAGGCUUACAACUCUACGCCGUUCAACGCAUGGGUAGAGGAAGGAACAGCCCCAGUGUUGCCGUCAUCGUUGCAGUUGUACAACGUUUUGUUGAUGAAAGGCGUCAAAAUCUUUUUCAUCACCGGAAGAGACGAAGAGUAUCGCGAGGUCACAACGAAGAACCUUAUGACGGCCGGUUACAGAAAAUGGUCAGGCAUAAUCAUGAGGGGCGAGAACGAUCAGGGAACGACAGCGUUGGAGUACAAGUCAGGGAAGAGGGAUGAGCUUGGGAAGAACGGGUAUCGGAUUUUGGGAAAUGUUGGGGACCAGUGGAGUGACUUAACUGGAACUUCUGUGGGCUCUCGUACUUUUAAGCUUCCUAAUCCCAUGUAUUAUAUCAGCUAGGACUGACUUCAUUGAAAUCGAUUGCACAGAGAUUUUAGACUGUUGAUUCACGAGAAAUCUGUUGUAGUGGUUAUUUAAGUUUAGAACGUAUGCUUUUGCCCUGGAGAGUUCAGAAAAUAGACAGUAUGUGUCAGAUUGUAGAGGGACGCUUUUCUCCAUGAUGGUUUAUAACCUUGUCUUAUUUCGAAGGAUAAUUAAAUAUGAUAUUCAAAUCA